AUGUCGAUGUUGCCCAACUGCAAGGUGGUGACCAACAAUGGCGACGACGCCAAGCGGCAGCUGGUGUGCGUGACCGGAGCGGGGGGCUUCAUCGGGUCGUGGGUGGUGCGAGAGCUCCUCCUCCGUGGCUACCGCGUCAGGGGAACCGCCAGGGAUCCCGCGGACGGCAAGAACGCCCACCUGCUCGCGCUGGGGGGAGCCGGCGGCGAGCGGCUCUCCCUGUGCCGCGCCGACGUCUUGGACUUCGCCAGCCUGCGCGCCGCGUUCGCCGGCUGCCAUGGCGUCUUCCACGUCGCCUGCCCGGUGUCCAACCAUGAUCCAGAGCUGGUGAAGGUCGCGGUGGAGGGGACGAGGAACGUGAUGAACGCGGCGGCGGACAUGGGCGUGCGCCGCGUGGUGUUCACGUCGUCCUACGGCGCCGUGCACAUGAACCCCAGCAGGAGCCCCGACACCGUCGUCGACGAGACCUGCUGGAGCGACCCCGAAUUCUGCCGGCGAACUGACAUGUAUUGCUACGCGAAGACGGUUGCGGAGAGGACGGCGAGCGAGGAGGCGUCCAGGCGCGGGCUUCACCUCGCGGUGGUGGUGCCGUCGAUGACGAUGGGUCCCAUGCUGCAGCAGACGCUCAACCUCAGCGCCACGCACGUCGCCAAAUACCUCACCGGCGCCAAGAAGUCGUACCCGAACGCCGUCGCCGCCUACGCCGACGUCCGUGACGUCGCCCGCGCGCACGUCCUCGUCUACGAGCGCCCCGACGCCCGCGGCCGCUACCUCUGCAUCGGCACCGUCGUCCACCGCGCCGACCUCCUCCAGAUCCUCAAGGACCUCUUCCCCUACUACCCCGCCACUACCACCACCAAGUGUGAGGACGACGGGAAGCCGAUGGCGCAGCCGUACAAGUUCUCGAACAAGAGGCUCCAGGACCUGGGUUUGGUGUUCACUCCACUGAAGCAGAGUUUGUACGAGACAGUCAUCUGCAUGCAGCACAAGGGUCACCUACCUGUCAUCGUUCCACAGCGGCUCUCGUGCCUGUAG